AUGCCGCCGAAACAGAAGAACAUUCCUAUCGCGCCCGGCACGGCGGAGCAAACUCAAACUCGACGUCCUACAUCCUUCAGCAAUGCCGGUUAUCGUUCACCCGAGCUGCCAGCACGAGUCAGGACUGGUCAUGCAUGCGACAGGUGUCGAGAACUUCGAGCGAAGUGCUCUGGAGGACAUCCUUGUGUCAAGUGCAAUAAGGAUAAAGCAUCAUGCCACUACAGUGACCGCAAGCGCGAACGCAACAAGAAAUUCCUGGAGCGGAACACCGUAGAGAUUGCAGCAUUGAGCAGCGACAAGCGGCGCCUAGUCGAUGCUCUGACGGCUGUAACGGAGGAGUCUGAGCUUCAGCCCGCGCGUCACGCUCAGCUACUUCGCUUGUUGGAUGACAUGAAACCUCCGGAAGACAGCGUCGAAUCUUCCGGCUCUGCUCAAUCCCAACUAUCUGGCACUCGUUCGACGAACGCUCCAACAGAAGUCAGCAAGACGACGAGCAGCUCGAUGGACAUCGACGAGGGAGUCAAAGAAUUCGAUGACGAGACGCGUGGCGAAAACCUCGUCCUACCUGAUGUCGGCUCUCCUGACCGCAUACGAGAGCUCACUGAUGCCGUUGAUCUGGACUAUGGAAAUGGUAUGCCGGGCCAUGCGGGGAAGAUGGCGAACGUGGCAUGGCUACAACGGAUCAAAGGAUAUCUCAGCGGCAAUACGCCCCACCUAGAGUUCGACCUGGGAGAUACAGAGAUCGAUGAGUUGACUGUCCCCCAGGCCAACCUAAGUUACUGGGCAGAGGACGACGAUUUGCUCAGCAUCGAUGAGGAUUACGUUGAAUCUUAUCAGCUGCCUCCACUACAAGUGGCCCUCAUACUCACCGAAAGCUACUUUGCAGCCACGCACGGAGCAUUCCGCUUCGUUGAUCGUGAGGAGAUCUUGGCAGAGGUUCAGCGGCUCUAUGCCAGCAUCGAGCCAACGCAGAUGCCGACCUGGACACAGAGACUUCUGCUGGCUUUGCUGAAUAUUAUGUGGGCAGUUGCGGCGAAGUGGCUUUCAGUCACGCAUUUGGAUAAGCGGCAGAUAUCUGAUCACGGCGUAGGCACAUCAUUCGAUCAUCAUCUGACCUUUUACGCGCGAGCGCGCGGUCUAGGUCUCGAUCAUCGAGUGCUGGUGGAUCAUCCCAGCUUUGAGAUGCUGCAAUCUAUGUCAGUUCUGGGAUUUUAUCUGCUCGUCAAUGGCAGCAUUCACAGAGCAUGGAAUAUCAUUGCCCAAACCAUCCGCCAUGCGACCGCACUUGGGCUUCAUCUCAAGGUGACGGAUGCAGCAAUGUCGGAAUCUCAACACAAACGAAGAGCUUGCGUAUGGUGGUCCCUUUACCGAAUUGAAGUCAUCUUGUCAGAAAUGACGGGGAGGCCUAAAUGCCUCCACGAGAAUGAAAUGACCGUGCCCUCCUCGAUCAUAUCAACACCAACUUCUCUAGGACCAGACCACCUGUACCAACCGAUAGCAGGCUUCAACGUGGAUUCGAGUGCCCUGCUAAAUGAGUUCAUGGGAUCUGAUCUGGAUCUGCCUGCACGAACAGAGGCUUUUUCCGGCGGUAAAGUAGUAUGGUCCAAUUUUGCACCAAUGACAUUUCCCAUCAGUGAUGUCUGCUUUGCGCUCGCUCUCGACUUGACCCGAGUCAGCGACAAAAUCGGCUCGACAAUUUACCUCAGUCCAGCGGAUCUAACUUGGGCCGACGUUCAAUCUAGUCUCCUACGACUCGAAAGGGACAUGGCGGCGUGGCAGCAAGACUUUGCAGAAAAAGCGCCGUCUGGAACAGCCAUAGAAGUCGACCCAAGAUCUGCCCUCGAGCUGCAGCUCAACUUCUUCAGCUUGCAAAUGAUUCUUUACCGGCCAUUCCUCUGCGAAAUCCAGAUCGACGAGGAGUCUCGCGAGUCGCAUACGCUCAACCUACGGUGCACGCGCGCCUGUGUGCGUGCUGCCGUCACUCUGAUGGAUCAUCUUCCCGACGCUCCUGUACCUCACCAGGUGGCGCUCAUCAUCCCUUGGUGGCGUCUGCUUCAUUACAUCACCCAAGUGGUGGCUGUGAUCGUGUUGGAGAUGUGCCUCAAUCUUCAGCACAUGCACCGGAGCGAGAUGGAGGGUUUGAUGACGAGUCUCAAGAAGGCAUUGUACUACCUGUGGGCGUUCGCAGCGAGAGCAGGUCCGCGUGCCGGGCAUGGUGUCUCAUGA